AGCGGAGCCGAGCGGAGCCGAGCGGGGCAGCGCCGCCGGGAUCUGGCCGCCCGCCAGCCCUGUUCUCAUAAACCACAUGCUGUCAGCGGCCCUAUAAAGGGCAGCGCGGCGGCGACGGCGGACUCAGCCCGGCCCCGCUCCCGCACUCAGCCGCUUUCUCCCGCACCGCCCGACCCGCCGCAGCCCCGGCCCCACGGCAGCCCCCAUGCCCCGCCUCGGAUCCCAGGUGUCCCUGUUCCGCUGCACCCUGCUCUCUUCCCUCCUCCUCAUCUGCAGCAUCCAUGAGACGGAGCAGAACAGCUACUGCCAGCAGAUCAUCACCGAGCGGCACCUGGACUACCUGCAGGAUCUGGCAGACACACAGAUGCAACAACCCGGCACGGUGUCCUUCAGAUUCAUCAGCAAGAUGCAGCUGAAUGACUCUGUCUGCUACGUGAAAGCUGCCUUCCCUUUGCUGGGCACGAUCCUGAACAGGACGACGUUCAAGGAGAACUCAACAAACGCCAACAAGAUGAAGACGGUGCGCAGGAUGUACGAAAGCAUCGAUGAGAACGUGGACCCCUGCAUCAGGGAGGAGGAUGACGAGGAGCACGCGCUCUCUGAAAUGUGCUUCGAGGAGUUCACCACGUCCCCCUACGAGAUGCUGGUGUUGGUGAGGCAGUUCUUCCAGGACAUCAAACAGCUGCUGCAGAACAAGGAGACCUUUGAGAAGGACUGCAGCCAGGUGUACCGCAGUGCUUGUGCGGGGCCCCAGCAGCACAGCUCCUCUCCAGGUGUGGGGACAGAUCCUGACUGCAAUUGCCUGUCCCCUGCCCUCCCUUCUGCCACCCAGCCCUCCCUCUCCGCUGCCACCCGUGCCGGCAGGGACGUGGCACCCUCUAGCACCAGGGUCCCUUACCACCAGCUCAGUGGCCUCCUGGCUGAGUUAGGCAGCAGUGCCUCGUCCGAGCCCCCCAGUAGCAUGGAGGGCAGCUCGGGGGCCGAGGAACUGCCAGGAACCGGGCUCGGCGACGCGUCGGCGCCGUCCCCCACCAUGCAGCAGACGCUUGGAGCCCUCCUGGAUCCGGCCGCGAGCGCCAGCCCGAAGGCUGAGGACAAAUCCAUCCCAUCCCACGGGAUGCUGGAGGAGGGCGCCGGGACCCCCGUCCUCCCGCAUCAGCUCCCUUCGCCCCGAGGGAUCAGCACGGCGAUGCCGGCGGCGGUCCCCAGCAGCGGCACCGCGCAGCGCCGCGCCGUCGGUCGCCGUCCCACCGAGAGCCCCGAGCGGGUCACGCAGCUCCGCUUCUCCAGGAUGGCUCCGCUGUUGCGGGGACGGGCGGAGGGCGGCCCCGGGGACGGGACGAGGGCGCGAGGCUGGGGGCUGAGCCGGCUGCGGGAGCCCGAGGACGGCGGGGCCGGACCCAGCUUUGAUUCGAGCUUUGUUCUGAGCGCAGAGCAGCGCAGGAAGGAGCCGCCGGCCGCCAGCGAGAGCCACCGGGAGCUCCUGGUGUACGUCACGGUGGCCAGCGUCGUGGCCGUCUUGCUGGCCAUGGGCGGGCUGCUUUUCUACAAGUAUAAAUCCAAGGUCCUGCAGCGGCCGCUAGAAGAGAGGAGCCGCGACCCCGAGGAGCCGGAGACCAGGGCGCUGCAGGGAUGCGCGGAGCUGGAGACGCAGGAGCUGUGAGCUGGAACCCGCACAACCCACAGAUGAGGACGGAAGGACGGGGCAGUGCAGCCCAGCAGGACCUUGGCGAUGGGGUGGUGGCACCGAGGGGCUCCGCGGCGACGGCGUUGGAUGCGUCCGAAGCUGCGAGUGGAAAAUCUCCCCCCAUCCAUCCGUGUUUUUCCCAUUGCGUCCGGCACGGCAACCCAUGGAAAGGGGGGGCGGGGAGGGACCCCCUCCCGCAUCCCACCGGUGCUGAGGACCCAAUGCCAGGCCUGCAAAGGGGAAACCCUCACACUGUGAAUAUUUAAGACCCGCGGUGCCGCUCCGUCCCGCAAUCCCAAGCUGGCCUUGGGAGCUGCCCAGCGCCGCUCUGCGCAGGAAGGCUCUCUAUGAACGCGGUGGAUAAAAGCUUUUAUCCAACAAAUGCACUUUGGGGGGGGG